AUGCGCAAAAAGGAACUCCAUAUUGCUGCUGGUGGAUUUCCCCCUGCUAGUCUUUCCAGCGAAGCGGACGCGCAGCUUUCCGAACCCUCUGAUGUCCUCAAGGUUCUAUUCCAAUACGUUGCAGUAGACACCGACGAUCAUGGUCCAACCUUGGAGCACAUCGAUUUCUCCUUGCUAUUGAGUGUGGCUGAAGCGGCAGAAAAGUAUGAAGUAUACCAGGCAAUUGCUGCCAUACGACCAGAAUUCAGGAAAUUCUUCCACAGUCACUCCAGACAAAUCUUGCACUUUGCUUUAGGUAGUUGGAACAUCUCUCUGAUGGAGGAGCUCUCUGCUUUCACGGCGAAGAUACCUAUGGAGGAGAUAGCUUUUCUAAUGAGGCCAUGUCCUCGCAUGUUCAAAAGAUGGUGCUUAUGGAGACAUUGCCACCUUGGAACGUUAUUCAAAACUCCGGCUGACAGUUCAAGAGAGGGACAGGUCGAUGAUAAUCAAAGACGUUGGCAAGCUUACCGAGCCCUGGAGUACUUUCACUUUGUUUCGGAUAUGGAUACACUGAACGGCUUAUUCUUGGGCUUGACGAGACAUGUUGGGCUUUUCGUAUAG